AGGACAAUUUGGCUCUAAGCCCUUGAGAGACAAGGCAAUUUAUGUUGUCUGAAAGCUGAGGGUAGCAUCAAUUGAAGAGCGGGGAGAGUGAUAAUGAAGAUGGUGGCAAGUGGGUCCUCCAAUAGCAUUAGUGUCAUCAGUGGAGCAAGCUAUGCACUAGAUAGAGAAUACAGAUAUAUAUAUAUGGAAGCUGCAUUGUGAAGCAAAGCAAACCCAACACCAAAAGAAAAGUGGCAUCCAAACUAACAUGUACAUCAUGAUACUCUUCUCUGUUCAUUUCCAUGCUUCACCCUUCAUCCUUCAUUUUUCACCUACUACCACAAGGUCCUUAAACCCCACUCCCAUUCCAUAAAGCAAGCCACUUCAUUGAACUCCAAGUUUCUCUCUAUCUUUAUCCAUGCUUGUUCCGAAUUCAUGGAUUGAUUUGACAAAUGUCUUCAACUACAAGAUACUCACCCCAACAUACGUAGAGAGCCAGGUUAUUUAACUUUUUGUUACCAUUCAUUCUACUAGGUGAUCAUUGAUGAUCCAAAUUUCAACACCAACUCUUUUUCUCUCGUGUUUCCUAAUUUUGGAAACCUUCUGGCUGGUUGCAAAGCAAAAUUCCAAGGCAUAACAAAGGUUGAAACUUGGAAUGGAUUCAUUCAAUCAGAGUGUUCAGAAUUCCAGCUUCAGGUACAAUCCAAAUUUGAACACAAGGACACAUGCAGAUGAAGAAGCUGAGUUCUUAGGGAUUCUUGAUAUCUUUGUCCACCAUGCCAGGAAUAUUCAUAACAUAUGCAUCUAUGACAACCAGGAUGUGUAUGCUAAGUUCUCUCUCACUUACAACCCUGAUGAGACUCUCUCUACAAGAAUUAUCAAUGGAGGUGGCAAAAACCCAACAUUCAAUGAAAAAUUGAGGAUGAAGAUCACCCAAAUAGAUGCUGUUCUGAAAUGUGAAGUUUGGAUGUUUAGUAGGUCAAGGAUUCACAUGGAAGACCAGCUUUUGGGGUUUGCUUUAGUCCCAAUUGCACAAGUUGUUGGCAAAGGAAAGGUGACUGAAGAUUACAGCCUUUCCUCCACUGAUCUUUUCCACUCUCCUGCAGGAACUGUCCAACUAACAUUGUCUUUGGACCCCUCUUUGGCAAUCAACUCAUCAGUGAAUUUGAUACCUGAAUCAGCAAAGAACUCAUCAAUAUCAUCAGAAGUUAUUUUGCUUGAUAGAAAGAUCUCAGAAGUUAUGUUGGACCCAGUUGAGUAUGCUAGAAUUGAGUUUCCUGACAUCAGUGUGGUGAAGGAGAAUCAGCAAAUGGUAUCUGAGUACUUCAAUUUGGCUUCUCAAGGUACUACUUCUGCUCCUUCAAGGUCCAACAUUGGAGGGUCACUACCAUUUCUUCAUCUUGGUGCAUCUCCUCAACUUGAUGAUUAUGAGAUGACUAUCAGUUCACAAGAUGAGAAUCAUGUAGGGUCCAUUUCUCCAAAUGAGAGCAUUCAGAACUCUUGCUUCCUAGGCUCCACCAUCACAACCUUGAGUGAUGAUAGAAACUCAGCCGAUUCAGUUGAGAAAAAGAACCAUUUGAGCACUGGCGACUCAUCAAAUUCUGUCACUGUGUCAAUCACUGUGGAAGGUACUCAAAACUGUUGUGCUGGUCCAGAUACCCCAACUUCCAAGAAAGAAGAAGGUGAGGCCAGAAAUGACAAAGAUGCAAACUUCUCAAGCAAGGAAAAGGAAAGCAAAAAAACCAAUAACAACAACACAGAAGCUGCAAAGUUUGGUCAAGUUUUUUCAGGUCCACUAGGGAACAUCAAUUUAGAAGCUGAGCAAGCUGCUAUGCAAAAACAAAUAGUGGACAUGUAUAUGAGGAGCAUGCAGCAGUUCACUGAGUCCUUGGCAAAAAUGAAGCUCCCAAUGGACCUUGACAAACCUGAAAAAGUGGAUCAUGGUGAUGGUGAUGUGAUUCAGAAUCAUGACAGCAGCAAAUUAGAAAUGGAUAAGAAGAAAAAGGAUGGCUCACGUGUGUUUUAUGGUAGUAGAGCCUUUUUCUGAUCACCCCUCUUGGUGCUGAAAAUAGCAAGCAUAUGAGAUUGUGAGAAUUUAAUUAUUAUAGCAUUAGGUUCCUACCUCAAUUUCCUCAGUGAUAUUUAUUAAAGAUUUUAGUUAGUCCUGGUUUGUUUGACCUGUACUUUAGGUGAUGACAAUAAUCUUCUGUUUUAGAUGUCUUGUUUAUUGUUUAACUCAUGGCUGUGCAACCCAAAAAAUCUUCAUGAGUAUGCAUAAGUUUUCUAUAGUGUAAUCAUGGCAA